UCGUGAGCUGGGCUUCUAUUUAAGCCUUCUCUUUCUUAUCUCGUUUUCCACACGAGGAGCCCCAGCCGUCCCAGUCCCCACCCCGUGGUUCCACACGUAGGAUGGAGGCGGAGGCCGUCUUCUAGGGAUCCCGUUGGUGGGCCGUUCUGACCACCACUUACCCGUUCCGACCUGGUGGGACCCUUCAGAAGCUCAGUUUCCACGUCUGUGAAACGGUGUCACUGUAGUACCCGCCUUAAAGCGUGUAAGGGUUUAAAUGAGAGGUCUCCGCGCGGAGUACUUAGCAGAGAGCCUGUAGGAAUGCAAAAAUAAAAGGCCUUAACAUUGCAAGUAGACUAGAGGGAAGUGAAAAAGCAUCUAAAGAUGAAGAUGUUUCAGACCAUCUGCCGGCAGCUCAGAAGUUCAAAGGGGUUUUCUCUAGAACCAACUGCCCGUGUGGAUUUCUCCACUUCCUCUUAUUUCUGUGGCCGGAAGAAAAAAGUGAACCCUUAUGAAGAAGUGGACCAAGGAAAGUAUUCUGAUUUAGUACAGUCUGUCUUGUCAUCCAAAGGCCUUGCUCAGACUCCAGAAUCAUUGUUUGAGGAAGAUAAUUUACUUUAUGGACCUGUGAGUAAGUGUAAGCCCCCAAAGCAAGAUAAGGCAGCAAAAGUUCCAGGAAACUGGUGUCCUCUCUACAAUCCAGAGAGAAGCAUGAAACCAAAUGCAACAAGUUCUACAAUUCCUUUGAGAAUCCCUUUGCAAAGAAAUACAAUUCCAAGUGUGACCAAGGUCCUUCAACAGACCAUGACAUCGGAACAGAUUUUCUAUUUGGAGAGGUGGAAACAGCGGAUGAUUCAGGAACUGGGAGAAGAUGGCUUUGCAGAAUAUUCUUCAAACAUAUUUUUACAAGGGAAACGGUUCCAUAAAGCCUUGGAAAGCAUACUUUCACCCCAAGGGGAAUUGAAAGAGAGAGAUGAGAACCUCGAAUCUGGAUAUAUCGAAAGUGUCCAGCAUAUUCUGAAAGAUGUCAGUGGAGUACGAGCUCUUGAAAGUGCUGUUCAACAUGAGACCUUAAAGUAUGUAGGUCUGCUGGACUGCGUGGCCGAGUAUCAGGGCAAGCUCUGUGUGAUUGAUUGGAAGACAUCGGAGAAACCAAAACCUCAUAUCCGAAAUACUUUUGACAACCCGCUGCAGGUUGUCGCCUACGUUGGUGCCAUAAAUAAUGAUGCCAACUACAGCUUUCAGGUCCAGUGUGGCUUAAUUGUGGUUGCCUACAAAGAUGGAUCCCCGGCUCACCCGCAUUUCAUGGGCACUGAGCUCUGCUCCCAGUACUGGGCCAAGUGGCUUCUUCGACUAGAAGAAUAUACAAAGAAGGAAAAGAACCAGGAUAUUCAGAAGACAGAUUAGGGGACAGGACACUGUUUGGGAAUAUUCAGUAGUUUCUCAUGGUUUGGGAAGAUAUGUUGAUGUUUACUGUAGAAAUGCCACAGGAUCCGAGAGCUACAUAACACAAGUGGAAGUAUUAGUUGAAAUGUAUCACAGCCAAAAAGACUGAAAAGUCAGAGAAGUUUAGAUUUUAAGGGUUGGACUUGAGCAUAAAGGUAAGGACUUUCCUUACCUGGAAAAGGGUAAGCAGAAUACACACAGCGUUGGUGUCCCUUGGACACUCCCCAGUCUAACUUUCUGUUAUCCCAAUAAGGAUGCCCAGUCUCUGAAUUGAAAUUGGAGAGGGUGAGGCUGGGUGUGCAGAAGUUCCCCUGGUGGCCCCGGGAAGGAAGGGGCCACACAAUCAGGCUGCGUGGGGAAUGGGAGGAGCUUGCAUCAGUCAGCUUCUGCCAGAGCAGCUUCCUAGAACUGGUUUUAUGUAUUGAAGUUUUCUGUAUAUUUCAUUCGGGGGAAAAGCUUCCAUUUAACCUUUUUGAAAAAUAAAUAUGUGAUUCCUUAGCCUCAGAUAAACAUUGCUCUCUGGGAAGAUGGAGCCUCGAUGGCAGCCCCCUUAGCAUACACUGAAUAACUCCCACAGGUGUGCAGACCCUGGUCUGAGAUUCCUAACUAUGGAUAUCUUAGCAGCUACAUUCUGGUUUGAGUCAGUGAGCCAUGUACAUGGAGGAAAAAGUAUCAUUUGUGAGAUUUUUCAGCCAGGCAGAACAGUAAUUUUUGUGUGUUUGAUAAUAAAAAUUAUUAAUUGUCACUGGGAUCAGGCAACCUAAGUGGUCACUGUAGCUUUGGGGAAAGGUUCUCUCUUUUACGGGAUGCAUUAGCAUUUAAGUUACAGCUGUGGUCUUACAAUAGUAGGGUGCUACAAUCAUUUUUUUCUUUCAUUAACUGUUAAUUGUAAGAAAUAAAAGAUAUGAGUAAAAUACUGAA